UUCAGAAGGAAAAUGGGUCAAGCUUGAAAGAACAACUUACAUGGAUCCUACUGGUAAAACUAGAACUUGGGAAACUGUGAAACGUACAACCAGGAAAGGACAGUCUGCUGAUGAGUAGAACUGCGCUCCAUAGGGUUUUCAAUGGCUGUGAUCUUUCGGAAGUAGAUCGCCAGGCCCUUCUUCCGAGGCACCUCUGGGUGGAUUCGAACUGCCAACCUUUCGGUGUGGCCGUCAUCCCAGUGCUGCAGAGAACUCUUCAUUAUGAAUGUAUUGUUCUGGUGAAACAGUUCCGACCACCCAUUGGUGGCUACUGCUUAGAAUUCCCUGCAGGUCUCAUAGAUGAUAAUGAGAGCCCAGAAGCAGCUGCUCUUCGGGAGCUUGAGGAAGAAACUGGUUAUAAAGGUGACAUUGCUGAAUGUUCUCCAGUUUUAUGUAUGGAUCCAGGUCUGUCAAAUUGUACUGUGCACAUCGUGACAGUAACCAUUAAUGGAGAUGAUGCUGAAAAUGUAAGACCUAAGCCAAAGCCUGGUAAGUGUGUGUUGGCUGUGCUUAAGGUGGUUGAAUUGCAUGAAAUAUUUUUAACUUGCUGCUGGUUUGAUUUUAGACUUGUUAAAAGAAUAGUAGCCUUUCAUAGACAUUUCAUCAAUAUUCUUGGCUGUUUUCUUAAUCUCAUGUAUUUUAGCAUUCUUUUACUACUUCAUUGAUAGUUGUACUUUAUAUAAAAUGUUAAAUUAUGUAUUUCCAUAUUUUUUGUAUGGAGUUUAUUCUUAUUUAGUAACAUGAGCUAUAGGCUUAAGUAGGAAAUAGAAAUUUUAAAAUCACCCUGAUUUCUGUCUUCACGUGUAUUGCAAGAAUUGCAUAAGUAAUUAAUUGUUAAGGGGGCAGCAGCUUAAUUAAUUAUUCCUUAUUGAGUUCAGUAUUUAGAGAAGCUGCUAGGAAAUUCUUUGCUCUAUUUCUUUGAAAGUUUGGACUCAAAAGCUGUAACGCCUCUGUCAAUCCCAUGCUCUGUCUCCCAUCCUCUUAAAGAGGGAUAUUUAUAUACAAUCAGGCACCACAUAACAUACAUUCAGGCAACGUCUGACCACAUAUGCAUCCGUGGUCCCUUAAGGUUUAUAAUAGAGUUCAGAAAUCCUGAUCAGAGAGCAAGACGGAGGAGUCAUAACCAGAUAGAGGGCACGCAACAGCUUCCCACAUGCAGCACAUGUAUCUCAUGUCUCUUGUAUAGAAAGUGGUUGUGCUACCAGGCAUAUAAUGGUACAGUACAUAUAUAAUCUAUAAUACAUAUGCUUUGAUAGUCAUGAUAAAUGCUUAUGUUACUGGCUUGUGUAUGUACUGUACUUUCUAUUGUUAUCUUAAUGUGAACUUUCCCUGUUGUUGUUAGGUGCCGUUGAGUCACUUCUAACUCAUAGUGACCCUCUAGGGCAGAGUAGAACUGCCCCAUAGGGUUUCCAAGGAGUGGCUGGUGGGUUUGAGCUGCCAACCUUUUUGUUAGCAGCUGAGCUCUUAACCACUAUGUCACCAGGGCUCCAAACUUGCCUUACUUACAAAUAAAAAGUUUACUGUAUAAUAGUGUGUGGUUCAUCUCGUAGGCAGCAGCAUCCGAUCUCGUGUAUCAGGCAUCUCAAGUGUUGUAGCAUUAUCUGUUUUUCUUUUGAAAAUGUUACGGUGAACUGCAUCAUAGCUCCCAAAUGCAGCAAAACCAGUGCUUCACAGAGAUAGCAGCAGCAAGAAUCAGAGGAGAAGUAUCGAUUUGGAAGUGAGACAAAAGGUUAUUAAACAACACAAAGGUGGAAAAUCAGUGAAUGCCAUUACUCACUACUUAGGCACGUUCACACAACAUCCAAAUGACAUAAAGUCCUAUUUCACAGAACAUAUCGUGGAUGCUAAGCAACGCGUGACUGUACAUAACCACAGUAAAUCAUGUAUGAGUGAUAUUCUCUAAUUUCUCACCCACUUUAGUUGUUCAUAUCCAUGUUUCAGUAUCACAUUGCAGCCCAUUUUAAAUGCUGAAUUUUUACACUAGUAAAUAUGCAUAUUACAGAAUACACUUUAAAUUUUGCUAAUCAAUAUUUGAUUUGAAGAAUAAGAACAACUUUGUACUGUUUGGAUUUUUUUUUUACUAUGUAUAUAAAUUGUUAGUGGAGAUCCUGGUUUCUGUUUAAUUCUUAGAGCCUUUUGGGUAUGUUUUGUACAAAUAUCUUUCAGUAUCUUACCACUCUAGGCCUUGCUAAAAUUUUCUCCCUCUGUUUAUUUUCAGGGGAUGGAGGUAUGUUAUUCAACUCCCAGUGGCUGACCACAUAUGGCUUAGUGGUAGUGGUAAUGGCUAGACAUUUUGGGUUGUUUUGGUAGACUCUCUUGUUCUCUGGCUCUGUUU